GCUGAGCUGUACCUGACUGUAAUAUUAUUCUUUUGUGCGGGAAAUCGGUCAGUAAUUUCUCUGUAGCACCAGAUGUUUGCAAAAUAGGUAUAUGAUUACUCGGCUUGGUAAUAUUUGUGACAGGCAGUUACAAAAUAUCACAGAGCACGCGCGUCCUUUCUGGGUGCAACUUUGCUAUGCUGCGAUGUCUGCGACGUUUACUUUUUUCUUUUGGGCCGUCACUUUUUUCAGAGGUGUUAGAACGCUCUCGUGUGAUUUCGAGCGGGGAUAUUUCUGCGGAUGGAGAAAUCCAAAGAAUAGUUCCCUGAACCAGUGGCUACCUCUACCGGAUUACAAUAACCAUGCCGUUUGUCUCAAAUCUAGCCCGAAUUACAGUCCUGAAGACAGAAUUAGUAUUCCUCUUGAAUAUCCAAACUUCAUCGGCCGUGGCGAACUCAUAAUGUCUUACUACAUGUUUGCAUUUGAUGGGAAUUGUACCCUGAAUGUUAAGGUCGGAAAUAAAACUGUGUUUUCACGUACAUGGAUAUUCCCUUCAUUGAUUUCAAUGACCCUCCGUGCGAUAUGGUAUAUGGAACCAGCAGUGAUUGAUGCCAAAAAUGAAACGGUCACUAUCGAGGGUGUGAUUCCUGACAAGAGCUAUGCUCUGAUCACUGUGGAUGACCUGACCUUUAUAGAGAAAUAUGUCGCAGAAUGCCCAGCUCUUAAAGCACCCCUAAAAGGGUCGAUGAGUUGCACAAAUGGUAACGCAUGGCUUAGCAGGUGCAGGCUUAAAUGUGAAAGGCUUUUUUCAGAUAGAGUUUGUCUCAGACAUGGGGUCUGGUCUGGAAUGGAAAUCACAUGUGAGGAACCCCGUGUUAGGUUGCGUUAUAACACAGUGGAACUGUUCUUAGCGGGUAGAUGGGGCAAAGUUUGCCACUCGACGUAUACCUUGAACACGCCACAGCACUUUGCCCAAGUGGUUUGCCGAUCCUUAGGCUUUGAUGGGAAGGCGAUCCCUACAAAAGCCCCAUACAUUUCUUUUCUACAAGACGGCUGGUACUACACUGGCGAGUGUAACGGGACAGAGAAGUCGCUUAUUGAUUGCGCAUAUUGGAGGUUUGAGACAAUGGCUUGCAAGCACCAAGUCAUAGCUGCUGUCAUUUGCAAUAAUAGAACGUCAUGUCCUGGUAACUGCACUUGUUCACAAUCGAAGGUUGAUCAAGGACCCGAUAUUGAAUUUGUGUCGUGUCGGGCAGAGGAAAUUCCGGCUGGUUUCCCGAAGAAUAUCCCUCCUUCCACAAUUUCUCUUGAUACCUUUGGUGUCAACUUUAGCUCUUUAAACGCGGAUACUUUCAGAUUAUCUAGCACUUCCCUCGCUACUUAUCCCAAACUUCAGAAAAUAUCGCUAUCGGGGGCUAGUAUUACCAGAGUCCCUAAUGGAACCUUCCGUGAUUUUCCUUAUCUUUUUAUAAUAGAACUUCCCUGGAACAGAAUCGACAGUCUUUCGGCCAUUGAGGUCGGCGCACUGCCUGCAUCGAAGUUUCUUAUUUUGCAUGUGGGAUACAACACGAUCAGUAAAAUAACAGCUGCGGAUACAAAAGGCAUCGAAAAUGCGAAUAUGGUAACAAUCAAUGACAACAAGAUAGAAUUCAUCGAAAGCGGUGCUUUUGGAAGAUUGAACAAUCUAAUAUUCUUGAAUCUUUCUUCGAAUCGGCUUGUGCAUCUAGAAAAGAAUUCUCUACCAGUAUCUCUUACAGCUGUAGAUAUAAAUCACAAUCAACUCCAAGAAGUGUCAUAUGAUGCAUUUGGAACACUCACGAACCUCACAAUUUUGUAUCUCUUCAACAACCAUAUAUCAACAAUACAAAAAGAUGCUCUGGCAAAUUCUCCAUUGUCAAUGCUUGAUUUGCGAAGGAACAACAUCGGCGAGUUUGUAGACGUAAGGUUUAAACCUCGGCGCCUUAUAUCUCUUUACCUUGGAAGAAACAGGAUAAGCAAUUUUUCCCGGACUCUUUUUGAUAAUCAAGAGAUGAUUCAACAUUUAGACCUCAGUGAUGUCCGAUUAAAUAGCAUUGAGACUGCAACGUUAAGAUCCGCUGGACAACUGGCAGUAUUUGCCGCCUCAAGAUCAAAGAUCCAGUAUAUUGUUCCCUAUGCCUUCUUAUCUUGCAAAUCGAUAGUUUACUUAAUCCUGGACGGAAAUUACUUAACGAGAGUGUCCAGCACUUCAUUUAGCGGAUUGUUUCAACUGUCUUACUUGAACCUGAUGGACAAUCCUAUUGAGGUCAUCGAGCCGGGUGCUUUUAUGACUAAUCCAUUUCUUUUUGCACUGUACUUGAUUGGUACAAAUAUCCAAACACUCCCCGUCGGGACAGCAUUUCUUUCAAGUCAAUAUUUGGAAAUCGCAUUAUCUCCAGGUAAAGAGCUACCACCUGUAAUUGGAACAAAAGAAUUACGGAAAAUUCUGCGGGUUUUUGGUUACUCGUGCCCGAGUGAGGAAAAGGACUUUGAGAUGUGUUAUCCAUGCCUUCAGGGCGAGUAUAAGGUUAUUGGUAUUGACUAUGAGCCGUGUACUUCUUGUCCUCCAGGCGGUUUCUACCAGGAUAGCAUUGCUUUUGUUGGCGAACUGUCGCACGGAGUAGGCUGCAAGCAAUGCCCAGCGGGCAGCUAUGUGAGCCCUGCAAAGGCGCCUGGGCGCCUAGAGAGUGAAUGUUCUUCGUGUCCCGAUGGCACCGAUCUAACGAAGCAUGCUGGGUUCCGCGCAUGUCCGUGCCUCCCAGGCUACUUCCGGCUACAGCGCUUUGGGGAAUGUACGCUCUGUCCCAUCGGAUACGAGUGCUCCAACGAGACAGUCAACCUCCGCAAGGACUUCUACUGGUUAUGGUCCCGAGAAGAUUCUAAAAUAGAGUACCAGACAUUUUCUAAUAAACUUCAGGAAGAGAGCCUCGGUUAUGAUAAGGAUUGGGACUCGCUCAAUGCGUCACUUCCGGCUGCAUAUCGCUGUCCCUUUGAGGAAUCGUGUGAGGGAGGAUUCAACGCGAGUUGCAAGUCAGGUUAUGAGGGCGUGCUAUGCGGUGCAUGCAGUCGGGGCUUUUACCGGAUGUUCUCUGGCUGUAAAAAAUGUCCAUCGACACCGCUGGUCAUUAUACAGUUCGUGGCCGUCUUCCUUGUUCUCGUCCUCAUCGCCUUAGUUAUUAUAUUUAACAAGAAUAAAUCCCAAGAUGGAAAACGCUCUCUGACAGAUAACCUUUUUGGCAGCCUUAAGAUCGUCAUCGGUUCCUAUCAAAUCUUGAGUGGGACUUUGAACGCGUAUUCGUACGUACACUGGCCUAAAGAGUUGUCGACGUUCAUGACGUACGCUGAAGUUUUGCAGUUGAACAUCUUAACCAUCGCGCCCAUCGAGUGUAUAAGCGACAAGCUGAAGGCGGAUCCGUACUCGGGUCUCUUGGGGUACGUCCUGAUGGACUGCGCCGUCAUCUUCACAGCCUUCUCCUACUACAACAUCAGGAAGAUGGUACUUACAAGAAGAAACUGCGCACACGACGCAAAGGGCAAGCUCUUUCACUGCAAAGUCAACUGCUAUCGAGCUGUAUUCCUUUUCCUGUUCAUAACUUACUCUGAGACAUGCUCCAAAGUCUUUCAGGCACUUCCAGCCGGAUGCAAAGACGUCUGCAACGAGAAAGGUGUCUGUAAAUCCUUCUUCCGGUCGGAUUACGCAGUGGAGUGCUUUGAUGAGAAGUAUAACAAGUUUGUUUACUUCACCUAUGUCUCCGUUAUUAUCCCAGCUUUCUUUCCUCUCAUCUCAGCGUUUCUUUUAUGGGUGUACUGCAGCGGAGAAAGCACAGGCUCGUUGUCCAGUUUCAAGCAAGCGAUGAGGACUGUUAAGGCAACCUCGAACAUUAACAGCAUUGACCAAGAAAUCGAUAAAUUAACUCAUUCAAGGCAAGACCAAGAAAGUAAAAACGUUCAAGCUCACGCAAUCCAACUCGAAGCUGAAAACGAAGCUGAAACAGUAAAAGAUCCUGAAAGCAUCGUGAAUGAGGAAGUGAACUCGCCAAUCCUUUCUGAAGAGGUACAACCAUAUGCCAUUGCUCUUGGGCUCCGCUUCAUGUACGAAAACUACACCAAAGACUGCUGGUACUGGGAGAUCAUCGAGCUAUUGCGGAAGAUGACCUUGACAUCUCUACUGGCCUACUACGGUCAAGACAACCGCUUCUUCCUCGGCACCUCCGCCGUACUGUCCGGUCUAUAUGCCGUGUUCUUUGCCAAUCAGAAACCCAUUCCGUACAUGUUUGAGUACUGGCUGCACCUCGGAUCGCUCGUGGCGUUGAUGACCACCCAGCUGAUGGGUAUGGUCUUGCGACUUCCUGGCGAGGACGCGUCCGUGGACCAGGAAGCGGACCAGCUCGGAAUCACUAUUCUACUGCUGUUCGCUAAUGUAUUUGUCAUUGUGAUGAUUGUAGCUCGCUACAUCUACAGUAUCUGGCUUACCUUAAAGGCGGUCAGAGCCAACCCGCAGUGCUCUCUGGGAUGCAUUAUGAACGUCCUUCAAAUCGUGACGCAAGACAAGGAAGAACAAUCCCGCGAGGCAUCAAAGGAAACCAAAACUGAACUAGCGUUAAAGUAAAACAUCCGCGACAAAUAAAUAGAAAAUAGUUUACUGGAAUCAGGGGCGUAUCCAGGGGGGUGGCCUAGGGGGUCCGGGCCCCCCUUUUAGCAGCCAAAAAUACAGUUAAUGUAUGAGACAUUAUCUAAAAUACAGGAGAAAAUGCCUUGAAAAGGCUUUUUGGGCCCCUUCCUGUUAAAAAUCCUGGCUACGACACUGAUUAGUAUUCUAAGGAAUUAGAGAGACUGGCGCAAAUAAUAAUUGUAUCGAAACACUUUGAGGAUAGCUCUUUUAAAUAGACGCGGGUGUCAUCAUGCUGCUGGUCUUUUUUUUAUCAAGCCUGUUAAAGGCAAAGUCCAGAAUUAUCAGUGUUGUUUGCCGUGUCGAAUUUCACAAUAACCUGACGUCGCCGUCGUGGAUUUUUCUGUUGCGUAAGGUCUAUAAUGUGAAUAGUUCACCCACGUCUGAAGCUCGGCACCAAUAUAUACCAAUAUUCCUGUUAUCACUAUCUGUUGAGCUAUAGAUAGCGAGUAGCGAAAAAACCGGCGUUUUUCACAAAAACAACAUGAAUUAUUAUUAAAAUCGUCGUAUGGUAG